GUGUGUGUGUGUGUGUUCUGUUUUUCCACUCUUCAUAUAAUAAGUAUAAAAAGUGUUAUACUGACAGCUAAGAGCUAAGAAAAUGUUAUACGGACAGCUAAGAGCUAAGAAAGUGUUAUACGGACAGCUAAGAGCUAAGAAAGUGUUAUACGGACGGCUAAGAGCUAAGAAAGUGUUAUACUGACAGCUGAGAACAAAGAAAGUGUUAUACGGACAGCUAAGAGCAAAGAAAGUGUUAUACGGACAGCUAAGAGCUAAGAAAGUGUUAUACUGACAGCUGAGAGCUAAGAUAGUGUUAUACUGACAGCUAAGAACUAAGAAAGUGUUAUACGGACAGCUUAGAGCUAAGAAAGUGUUGUAAGGACAGCUAAGAGCUAAGAAAGUGUUAUACUGACAGCUGAGAGCUAAGAUAGUGUUAUACUGACAGCUAAGAAAUAAGAAAGUGUUAUACGGACAGCCUAGAGCUAAGAAAGUGUUAUACGGACAGCUAAGAGUUAAGAAAGUGUUGUACGGAAAGCUGAGAGCUAAGAAAGUAUUAAAAGGACAGCUAAGGCAAUAAAGUGCAUUAAACUGCCAAUUAGGAGCUGUAAAAACUAAUAAAAACAGACAGACAGAGAGACAAGUACGGACAUAUACUGUAUUUCGUAAAACAGUUGGACUGUAGUGGACCAAUGCCAAGGUGAAGUGUAUAAGUGGACUGGCGCCAUCUCCAGAAUAUCAUUGCCAGGCGAGCUAUACAGGGCUUAUUAUGAUGACACACACACACACACACACACACACACACACGGACGCACGCAUACUAUGAUGACUGUUAUCAUCAGCCAUCUUUGAGCACGUAUCCCCUCACUGGACCCAUAAUGCACCACACACAACAACUAUGACGUCAUGGGAGAAUCGGUUUUUAUCAUUGAUGGUCUUAGAAGCUAAAGGGGGAGGUAGAGCCCCCACUUAGUGUUGAUAAAAAGAAGUAAAUCACACAGUCAAAGUUAAUCUACUCAAGGUUAUGGAGUCCGGACACACAGUGGGCAGGUGUGAGUUUGAGGCAGACAACAUGAACGAUAAACAAACCUUGGCAGCAGCAACCAGAGAGGAGGUUAAUAACUUGAGUGAAUAUAACCACACACACAAAGAAACAGAUGAUAAUACAGAAAUAGUAAUAAAAGAGACCAAGAAAGAAGCAGAGAGUGUACAUCGAACAGCAGAAACAAUGGAAGAUGAGAAAGACCUCAGUGUAAAUGGUGUGACACAGAGAAAGACGGAUAAUAAUAGAGAGGAAGAGAUAAAUGGAGGAGAGGAGGAGGAGGAGGAAGAAGUGAAAGACCUCAGUGCACAUGGCCUGAUACACAGAAAGAAAGAUAAUAAGAAGGAGGAAGAGAUGCAGGAAGGAGACGAGGAAGAGGAACAUCUGGCACCUGAUGGAGGCUGGGGGUGGGUGGUGGUGGUCGGCGCCUCACUCAUCUUGGUGCUGGUAGACACGGUGGGGCAGUGUUUCGGCAUUAUCUUCUCUACCCUUCUCUUGGAGCUGGAGGCGCCCUCAGCCAUGACUGCCUGGAUCUUCAAUAUGUUCGGUUUCCUGUGGUGCAUGACGGGGCCGCCCCUCGGACCUCUCGUGGCGGAGUUUGGCUGGAGGAGAGUGACCUUUGUAGGGUCUAUCAUGCUCACCCUCUCCACCGUCACCUCCGCCUUCGUCACUUCUCCCUGGGAGCUCUUCUUCACGUAUUCCGCUCUAGGAGGUAUAGGAUGUGGCAUCAUCUCCAACAUCAGCUACAUGAUAGUCCCUUACUACUUCAGCAAGAGGAGAGGACUAGCUAAUGGCAUAAUCAUGUCAUGGGACUGUGGGGGUCAGCUGCUAGGGCCGCUCUUGAUACAGUAUUUACAGACCGUGUAUGGCUUCACGGGCUCCAAUCUUAUUCUCGGUGGUGUUGUCCUUCACUGCUGUGUCGGUGCCAUGGUCUUCCACCCAGUUAAGUGGCACACAAAGAAAAGUAAACGUGAAGUGGCAAAUAUAAGUAAAGAUGAUAAAGUUUGUGAGUAUGGUAGUAACUUAAAUCAGAAUUGUAGUUCGUCGUGCAUAAGUCGGUGGAUGAUGAUGACUCGCCUGGCUCGCUCCACUCUGGCUGACUUGCGGGUCCUGAGGUCGGCGAGGGCGGUCAUCAUUGCCCUCGGCGCUACUUUCAUGUUCAAUGGAUACCUCAACUUCCUGGCCUUUGUACCCUUCAGCAUGCAGUUGUCCGGGUUCACCCUCCAGGAGGCCGCUUGGUGUGUGUCAGUGUCCGGGAUGUGCAACAUGUUGACUCGGAUCGUGGUGUCAACACUCACCGACACUUACUACUUCAACUUCCGACUGUGUUACCUCACUGGGAGCUUCACUAUCGCCGCUACUAUGAUCAUGUUUGUGACGGUGAGGGAGCAGGUGUGGCUGGCAGUGGUGAUGGGCGUGUGGGGCUGUGGUGUGGGCGCCUUCAUGAGCAUCUUCAACCUGGUCAUGGUCCACUACAUGGGCCUCGAUAAUUUCAUGCCCAUGCUGGGGGCCACCAUGUUGUGUAUAGCUGGCGGCUACCUCACGAUCGGCCCUUGUGUAGGUUACAUCCGUGACGCCAGCGGCAGCUAUCUCAUCACUAUCUGGGUGUUGGCCUUCACCGUCAUAAUCAGCUUCUUCCUCUGGCUGUUUAUGCCUGCUGCUGUUGCCUAUGACAAGCGUAAGAGUGCUGAGAAUGAAGUGAACAACAAGUACAAUAUCUCUGUGAUAUAAUAAUGUGGAUGGUUAAGAAACAAUUCGUUGGUGAGCAGUGAGCCAUGAGAGGAAGGAAUGAUGUACAAACUGACUCUCCAUAGCAUAGAGCCGUAGACAAACCAGAGAAGCAACAGAGGAGGAUCUUGGCUGCGCUCUCGUUAAGUGAGGCGAGUGAAGGUGCUUUACGGUUGGCUAAUUUAUUGACAAAGCUUGGAGUACAGUUUGCCUCUGAGGCAGGAGGCAAAAUGAACUUUAGUAAUGUCACAGCACCAGGGUCACUUGGGUGCUGCAUCAAUUAACUGUUCGUGAAUUCUGAUAUAAAUAUUGUUGGAUAGAAAAAGUUCCUUGACAGAGAAAGAGAGAAAAUCUGAAGUAAAUUUCUUUUUUUUUUGCCUUAAGAAGCCAGAUGAAACUUGACACUUAAUCUGAGAAAAAAGUACGAAUAUAGAGUCUGUUUCAGUAGCACCACGUUGGGAACACUGCUUCUUCUUAUCCGGUCAGCGAAGUUAAGCAAUGUUUUUAUAGAUAGAUUGCCCCCGAGGGAGCUAGUUUAUUGGGCACCCCCUUACAUCCUGUGCAAGGUGAAGUGCAAAAGCGUUUACAGCGCCCAUCUGGGAAGCAUGCGGAGUUCAUGCUUGCCUUUAUGACUCGUGCAUUAAGGGCGUAAAAGCCUGAAGGGUCAUGGGUUUUGUCAGCAAGUUACAUAAAGUGACAGUAUGAUGAGUGUGCGUUGGGUCUGGUUAGUACUCGGAUGGGUGACCCCCCCUGGCCCUUAGAUCACCAGAUGCUACUGACAUAAGGACACUACUGGAAACAAUCCUCUCAUGGCAUUGUCAGCUGUCCUUGGUCAAAUUGACUGAAUGUGAGGAUUGAUUCAGUACAAAGUUUUGGAGAAGUGUUGCUGGAACACAUACAAAGUAGAAAGUAAUGUCUGUGAUGAAUUUUUUUAAUCUGAUCGCCUGAAGGUUCAGCCUAUAACCUAUUUCACCUGAAGAUGAAGCACCCUAACGGUAACCUAACCUAAAUUAAUCCCUACUAGUAGCGUUAGUGUUUAGUCGUAAGGUGAAAUAAGUUGAAGGUAAAUCGUCAUCAAAUCCAUCUUUUGUCUCUGGGAAACCUGCAGGCGAACAUUGUAAAUAUAAUCAAGAAAGAAUAUUUUACUAUUACAACUUUUUUACAUGUUGUCUUAAGAGAAAAUUAACUAGUUAUAUUAAAACUGACCACUUAAUAAAAAUAAUAAUGAAUAAUUCUACCAUUAACCUCUUCCCCGAUUUUAUGUCGAUAAAUAUUGUCACUUCACAGAGCAUAAAAAAUAACCACGAUCU